AUGCACAAGCAGCAGUAUCCAGUCCUCAAAGUGGGCUGCCGUUUUGGGGUGUUUUUUCCAACAAGAAAGGAGCUUGGCUAUGGAAAUGGCUCUGUAGGAGAAAGAUGUGGAUUGCCUGAUGCCUUAUUAUUUGUUCUGUCAGUUUUUUUCAGGAAGAUCUUCAUCUUGCAACUGGUAGGGCUGGUGCUAACCUACAAUUUUGCUGACUGUGACUUUGAGAAGAUUAGAGAGAAGUAUCAGAAAGUCAUUUUUCCAGCCCUGGAGGGAUAUAUGAGUGGAAUCAAAAGUACCGAGUCCAACCACACCGUCUACUGUGGAGACCGGCCGGGGUGUCUCGCUGAAAUCAAGCACCUUACCUUCAGUUCCACCCAAGAAUGCCCGUUACUCGCCAAGGAAAUCUUGACAAAAACUAAUGCUAUCCUCACUCACCAUUGCCCAGGCUACUCCGGUAUUCAGAUAAAUAAUACCCAGGCAAUGAAGAAAAGAAAGAAAAGAGAAGUCACAGCAAACAAAUGCCUCACACAAGUCUCAAACUUAAUAGAAUUGUGGCGUCAUUUCAGUCGCUUCCGUAGAAACAAAUCUUCAUUAAAGUCAUAUUUCACAGCAACAAAAUAAAUUAUCUUUAGUAGGUAGAUAGAACAUUAACUCUAACUGUGACAUUUCAAAGACCGCUAUGGUUAUUUUUUAAUUGCAGAAGAGUUUCUUAACUUAUUUUUGUAAGCUUUUGUUGUUUAAUAUAGGUUUGCAAUGCAGGGGAAGUACCAUGCCUCAAUCGUCGGGGGAGACUUCUGUAGCAUUAACGCCUGUGCCACUGGCUUUGUGGCGGUAAUUCUCAGCAGGAACUACAUAAUCCUUGCUCAAGGGAAGAAUCUAAAAGUGUAGUAGAAGGAGAACUUUUUCCCUCGAAAAAGGGAAAAAGUUGAACUCAAUAGCAUGUAAACCUUUGUUUAAAAGGCAGGCAUUUCUUCCACACGCACUGAUAAUUCUCAUGUUCUCAUACUGAAAGUUUACAAAAGAAGAUAAAAGCGAAAGGGGGUGCACAAGAAGUUGUACACAUAUUGAAGCAGUCUGAAAGAAUUUCCAAACAAAAUAUUGUGAAAG